AUGGUCAACUGGAAUGACCCCGCGGCGAUCGCGAAUCAACUCGCUGCUCUGGAGAAGAUGUAUCUUGCGCUAUGUGGGGUGUACUUCUACGACUUCGUCUGCUCUUUACCCUUCGACUGGAGCCUUUUAACCGGAACGGAUGGCCUGCGGAAGCAGCAAGCUUCGCUGUGUGCGAGAGGCGUGAAAACGAUAUAUCUGUCCUGCCGGUAUCUCGUUCUCGCGUCAUGCAUCGUCCACACAUAUACCAACUUCCGCUCUGAGAGGAUGGAGAUACCAUGCUGGACGUUACUAAAGUUGUCGACGGGCACCGGCUUCCUAGGUGCGACCUGCUCGUCAGCCUUGAUUGCCAUACGUGUUUUGGUGGUCUGGACCUGGAAUCCGAAGGUGACAGCUCUCAUCGUUCUCGUACUUCUUGCCGUUUUCGGAACCGGGAUCCGCAUCGCCGCUUCCAUCUCAUCCUCCUACGACCCCUCCCUUCACAUCUGCAGCCUCGAACACGAGCGCUCGAACCUAGCGAACGUCAUCGCGCUCAUUAUCUGCGACUCCGUCCUGCUCGUCCUCUUACUACUCGGGCUGUACCGCUGGCACCGACCGAGGAGCGGUGUGCGCGCGUUCCAGUUGUGGUCGGUGCUUUGGAACCAGGGUGUGCUGUAUCUUGCGCUUGCAAGUGCGACGGAGGUUCCUGCAUUGGUGUUUCUGGUUUUGAACUUCAAUCCUGUCAUGAACACAAUGUUUCUGGGUCCGGAAGUUGUCAUAUUAGCACUCGCCGCAACGCGCUUCUACCGCUCGCUGACGACGUUCACGCCGAAUCGAAGCCAUCACGAAUACACGGAGACGAUUGCCUUCGCUACUGCCGACGUCGGCCAACCCAAAGAGUAUGAGAUUGAACUGCGCUCACGGUCCUCGACGCCGCUGGACUGA